CUAUGGAAGCAGCGGUGCAUUGGUCUCAUUCUCCACAUAGCCUGCGUGUCAGUGCAGUCUACUUACAGCUGGCUGUGAGCAGAACUGACCUUACUCUCAUUAUUACACACUGCGUUUUUUUUAGCCAACUCGUCGACAGACUUUAUCAUUUUUACCAUUUUUUAUAACGGUGUUUUUGUUUUUCUACCAAGUUGGAGGCUGGGCCUUUAACUUUGCUGUGGGUGAAAAAGAAGAGUAGAUAUUUGCUGUCGGUAAGACUUUAAAAAAGGUGAUAGAUGCUACUGACGAAAAUGGACCUGUUGAACUACCAGUACCUGGACAAGAUGAACAACAACAUUGGCAUACUCUGCUACGAAGGAGAAGCAACCUUGCGAGGGGACCCCAGACUCCAGUCCCUGUCCCUGUCUUCGUCUUCCUCUUCAUCGUCUUCAUCCUCCUCCUCCUCCUCGUCUUCCUCGUCCAUCGCAAGCCACAGGACGGGCCCGCCUCCCAUCAGCCCCACCAAGAGGAAGCUGAGCGGCGAGCAGGGGGACAGCGACAUGGACGACAACGAGCAUGUGGCCAAGAUGAGCCGACUUUUUGCCACGCAGUUGAAACCUCACGGCGACUAUCGCAGCUCCCCCUCCUCCAAAGACCACAGCCGCAGCCCCAUCGAGCGCGUGGUGUUGCCCGGCGCUCUGGGCGUCCACGCCAACCACCUGUACAGCCACGCCCACCACCAUCAUCACCAUCACCACCAGCAGCAGCAUCACCACCACCACCACCACCUGGCCAGUUUAGCCGCCAUGGACCAGCCGCUGGCGCUCACCAAGAGCAGCAUGGCGGAGUCAGCGGCGCGAAGCACAACAGCAGCUCCGCCCGCCAUCCCGCACGCGGUUGCGGAGCGCCAGCAGAAUCGUCCGUCUGUGAUCACGUGCGCCCCCGCUAACAACCGCAACUGCAACUUGUCUCACUGCCCGCUGUCUCACAACGGCUGCUCCAGCCUGGCUAACAACUACAGGAGAGUCCACACCAACACGGCGUGCGACCCCGUGAUCGAAGAGCACUUCCGCCGCAGCCUGGGCAAGAACUACAAGCCCGAACCCGAGACGCCGGCGGCAGCGGUGGCGCCCGCCACCAACUCGGUGUCCAUCACGGGCUCGGUGGACGACCACUUCGCCAAGGCGCUGGGCGAGACCUGGCUGCAGAUCAAGAACAAGAGCAGCCCGUCCUCAUCCACCAGCAGUCCAAACUCCUCCCCCGACAGUCGCAUGAUCAACCACAACCACUCCCCCUCUCUGGUCUCCUGAACAGGGGCCGCCUUGACCCCCUCUUGGCCUCCUUGACGGAGCGCCCGCCUGCUGGUCUGCUAUAACCCCGCCCCCUUCACCUUGCUGACGAUCAAUCAAGCAAUAACAAACUGUCACAUGAUGAGGAACCUCAUCUUCUGUAGUUUUUUUUUUGUACAUAAAAAAAGUUUAGCUUUAGUUUUUUCCUGUACCUGUAGUUUUGUUUUCGGGAUCUGAGAGGAAAAGAAGCGGGAAAUCACCGGACUGUGCUACCAAAGUUUCAUGUCAACCCCCCCCCCCCCCCCCCAUUGACUGGCUCGACUCUUCCGCCACCGUAACUGUAAACCACUCCAGUUCAUUAUGCUAACAGUUCAUGCCCAUUCCCAAACGACCUGGACGCCCCCUUGUUUUUGGCGACAGAAAAGCACCCCCAAAUGUUCCCUAGAUCCCUUUUCUCACACCAGCUCUGCUUCUGUAGCUCCACGCCCCCAUCCUCUCUCUCUCUCCAAACACACACUGUGGUUUUCGUUAAGAUUUCUUAAGGUUUUAAGGGUAAACUAAUGCAUGUGUUUUGUUUUGUUGUUUUUAAUAAUAGCUGGUAUCUAUUAGUAAGCAUUUCAACUACUUUUUCAUUAAUUAGCUUUUUUUUUUUUCCUCAGUCGGAUGUUAGCUAAUAAGUAAGUAACACACGUAAGACAAUAUACGCUCACUGCUGGAUCAGUUGUACUCCAUGUUGUUAUACCGUUGAUGUUACGAUGUCGUGUUUUUGUUUGUUUUGUUCUCAGUGUGCUAGCAAACACCUAGCAGCUCGCGAGUUAGCCUCCGGACAGGCGCCGCUAAACGAAACCUUGGCUUUGGGUGUUGAUGUUGAAUUGCCGUGUGGUACCGCGCACAGAAUGGGAACAACCAGGAUGACAAACAUUCCUCCUUUAGGGAAUUCGGAGUUGAAAUGGAGUGCAGUACUUUGUUGCAACCAGCAGAGGCGCUGUUGAUUCAGUCAGCACUGGCAUCCAUUUAUUUUGAUUAUUUGAUGGUUCAUUUUCCUAGUCAAGGCCAUUUGGCCAAGCAUCCCCUACAACAGACUGGUCAUAACCACAACACAGGCAUCCGGCUGGCAUCUGGAAAGCAGUACAGUUUAUUAUGGCAUGUGAAAUUUAGUGUUUGGGUGCCAAAAUCAUUGAUCGUCAACAACUUCUGGCACCUUUCCAUCGAGGUGCCUGAAGGGAGCAAAGCUAAAUGACAUAAAAGUCGUAGUUGCUGUCAUUUACCCAACUACACCUGUCACACAGAGCACAGCAAAGCGGGGAUAUUGCCUUACUUGGCGUGCGUAUAACAUACCUGGCGUGCGUGUCAGGUGUAAAAUUUCUCACUUCAGUCCCACAAGAGAUUGCGGAAUACUCGUCCUGCUGCUGUUGCGACUUCCGAAGCCGGGAAGUUGCCAGGUCGACUUCAUCCAACCCUGUUCUGUGAUGGGUGCCAUUCAUACAGAACAGCGGCAGGCAAACACCCCCGUCGCGGCUUUCUGCCGGAAAUGGCCAAGUGAACAGUCUGUGUUGGGAUCACAAUCCAGUGUUGAAGUAUACCCAACUGUACCACUUGAUGGAAAAGUGCGUAAGAGCAGUAGAAGAUCAAGUGUAGACAUUCCGUUCUUCUUACCAGCAUCAACAAUGUGCAGGGAAAAAAAUAAAAAAUAAAAUCAGUGGGGCAUUCAGGAGCUGAGCUUCUGUCAGGAUCACGCAAAGUCUCCGCCUCCCACUCAGCAAACACGCAAUUUUUGUUGGUUUUUUUUUUUUUUGGUUUGUUUUUUCCUGGUUAACAUUUCACUGCCGCGUUGUAGUUUGGAGGCUUUUUAUCUGCUUGAGCACACACACACACACACACACACACACACACAGUAGGAGUUUUUUUCUUUAUUUUUAAUAAUAGGUAACUAUAAGACCAUCAUUACGCUGUGCGUAACGGAUGUACAGAAAAAAAAAACAAAUCCUAGGUAUUUUUCAAGGAGCAAUUAAUUUGUUAAUGAUAUGUAGCUAUUUAAUUGUUUUUUCUGUCUCGUAUUAUUAUAAUCAAUGCAUUUUCUUUUUGUCUUUUGGUGGAAAAAGUUGAUCUUUUUAUUUUGUGUUGAAUUCAAGUUUGUCUUGUUAAAAGAGAGAGAAAAAAAAAGAAAAGGAUGAAAACGUGCAGGAACACAAGAAGCCACUGGACUAAUUGUCAGUGACAAUCUACUUUAACGGGAGGUGGUUGGUGUUCGCCACUAGGACAGCGGCACCUGCUGCCCGCUUUUCCACGUCUUCCUGGUUCAGUCCAAUCGAAAGAUGCUUCAUAUUUCAUUUGUCUUUGUUGCCAGAUGAGUCUUUUCAGAAGGCAUGUGGCGACCAAUCAAUUUAAAGUAGCAUGGACUUACAACUGUAAAAAAAAACAAAAAUAACACUUUGUGGCAGUGUCUCCUACUGAAAAGGUUUUGGCAGGCCACCUUUUUGUUUUUUGUACGUAAAAAGUAGCCUCGAACAAUAAAGUGCUUUUGAAAUCACA